UUCGCUUUUGUAACACGCAGUCUCAGUCUCACACCCCUCUCGACUCCGUACUCUUCCCCUUUCUCCUUAUCUCCGCCACCGCCACCACCACCGGCUCACCAUCUCCACCACAAACGCCACCGAAGACGAGGAAAAUCUUGCAAUUAGUAUUCUUGACACGGCUAAGCAAUCCAGGCAAUGUGGUAGUUUUCUUGGCAAACAACGAAAGGCGGUGAAAGGAAAUCAUGGAUGAUAAGCUAAUAAAAUCUGUACAUUCCACAGUUUUCAUAGAAUCGGAUUCACUUGAAGGGACCUAUACUAGAAUUGAGGGUUAUGAUUUCAACCAGGGUGUAAACUACUCUACACUUCUCAAAUCCAUGCUUUCCACUGGAUUUCAGGCUUCCAAUCUCGGAGAAGCUAUUGAUAUUGUCAACGAUAUGUUGGAUUGGAGGCUUUCCGAUGAGACUAUAACUGAGGACAGCAGUGAAGAGGAGAAGGAUCCUACCUACAGAGAAUCUGUGAGAUCCAAGGUGUUUUUGGGUUUUACAUCAAAUCUUAUUUCGUCUGGUGUUCGAGAUACUGUUCGAUAUCUUACUGAGCAUCGCAUGGUGGAUGUAAUUGUAACUACAACUGGUGGCAUAGAAGAAGAUCUUAUAAAGUGCCUUGCUCCAACAUAUAAGGGUGAUUUUUCGCUACCUGGUGCUCAGUUACGUUCAAGAGGAUUGAAUCGCAUUGGAAACUUGUUGGUUCCUAAUGACAAUUACUGCAAAUUUGAGGAUUGGAUCAUUCCAAUUUUUGAUCAGAUGUUGAAGGAACAACUUGAAGAGAACGUAUUGUGGACACCAUCAAAGUUAAUUGCACGCUUGGGACAAGAAAUAAAUAAUGGAAGUUCAUACCUCUAUUGGGCGUACAAGAACAAUAUUCCUGUUUUCUGUCCUGGCUUAACAGAUGGCUCUUUAGGGGAUAUGUUGUAUUUUCAUUCUUUCCGCAGCCCGGGUUUAAUAGUUGAUGUAGUGCAAGAUAUUAGAGCCAUGAAUGGUGAAGCAGUCCAUGCAAGUCCUAGGAAAACAGGAAUGAUAAUUCUAGGAGGCGGAUUGCCGAAGCAUCAUAUCUGUAAUGCUAAUAUGAUGCGUAAUGGUGCCGAUUAUGCUGUUUACAUAAAUACGGCUCAAGAGUACGACGGUAGCGACUCUGGAGCCCGCCCUGAUGAGGCUGUUUCAUGGGGGAAGAUACGAGACUCUGCUAAAACAGUUAAGGUACAUUGUGAUGCAACUAUUGCUUUCCCUCUAUUGGUAGCAGAAACAUUUGCUUCAAAGUCGAAAAACUUUGCAGCCUAGUGCUGCGGAUUCAUCUACUUGUAUUAGUUCUACCGGCAUCCUGGGGAGGUAAAUUAUACUUUGCUCUGCUAUGGUAAACCAAAUCAUGCAGAGAAUUGUUUAAUUCUGUAUU